AUGGCUCAACGACGAGUUUCAACAUCAACAAAAUGGACUGAAGAGGACCGCGCAAGAAUCCAUAUCCUGGGUCUGAACGCACACGGCAUUCUUUAUGGGCAUUCACUCGGUCAGCUCAGGGCACGUCCACCUCUAACUUACAUUGUUCCUUCGAAUCAGCGUGUCCUCCAACUUGCCAUGCUUAACGGUGAAAUUGAGGUCAUCGAAGGAGACGAUCAUUACAUAACUGACGGCUUUGAUGUUGAGGCUUGCGAUCGGCUGCCAUCCGGUUCUCUUCACGAGUACCCGUCGACGAAUCAUGUGCGUAUCAACACUUUGACUUUGCCUGCGAAAACCAAAUUCGACAUCAAGAUCGAACCCCAACCAAACGAUUCAUACGCUCCCUAUAAGGGUUUGGAUCGUUCCCACGGGACCUCGGUGAAAUUCAACAACGACCCGUCUGAAUUGGGGUACGGCUCGGGUCAAAGACUUGUAGUUGAAUCCACGCCCGCUGAGCGGAAAAUAAGCACGGCUGAUCUCGUGCUGAUGGACAAUGAGAAGGCCAAAGAAACACUAGGCCCCAUCAAGAAUCUUAUUUGUGCAGUCGAUGUGCAGUCUGUGGUUCACGCACUGCAGGUGAACAAGCACAGACUAAGCCGGGAAUCGACUAUUCUUUUAACUGAGAAGGGUAUGGGAAUUAUGGAAAUGAUUAACGAACAAGUUUUCCCCAAUCCUAAGACCCGCCCGACCUACAUCCCCGGGGUUUUCUCUCAUGCUGUCUGGCAGUCGGGCGAAGUUAACACCAAUUCUGACGUCCUCUCUGAAGAAAUAGAAGCACAAUUCUCUGGUGUUGAAGAACGUGUCAACCAAAACUCAUUGGCCGCAAAACGCUGGCCUUUUGGGAGUCUACUGCUUGGUCCGGUGGCCGCUAUUGAAGGAGAAACGGUUAAGGAGAGAAAGACGCGUCAAAAGUGUGCGAAUUAUCUUCUCAGCGCCCUCCUUGACCCAGCAGCGUCCCUCGGAGCGAGCUGUGUGUCGGCAGAUAAGCUUCUCUUCACCAGGCUCAGAGACUUGGCUAUAGCUUCUGUUGUUGGCCCGACGACUGUCCGUUAUAACUGUAACAACCGCGGUAUCGGUGCAGACGAGGAGCGAAUCGCCCACGUUGAAUCACGUCUGAGGGAAGCGGCUAGAAUUGUUCAAGCGUAUUUUCCAACACUCACAUAUGAAUAUCUCGCUCAAGGACUUGGGAACUAUCUCGUCAUGUCAGGGGAUAGAGUUAACAUGAUGUUCAAAAAUGUUGUUUCGGGGAGAAAGUCGAAUAUCGAGUGGAACAAUGGCUGGCUUGUCAAACAGGGGAGAAUUCUAGCACGUGGCGGUCCUAGUCUUUGCCCUGGACAUGAAGAUGACCUUGUUUAUAUCCAAGAUAUGACAACCAAAGCUGCACUUUGGCUGCAAGAAAGAGAGGAGGAAGCUCGUUUGACCAGAGCAGCGCAGCGACCAACGGAAAAGCAGUAG